GUGACCCCCUUCAUUUGAGCAGCAUUGUUGAUACCGCAGGUGGGCGGGGCUUCUCAUCCGGGUGCUGAAACUGACCCCUGACGUGACCCAGCAGGAUUACAAACAUGGCGGAGCCUUCGCUCGGAAAUUCGAGCCCAGGUAGUAAACAUGGAGGUUCAGCUGGUUCUGAUGACCAUGAUUUUGACCCAUCCGCUGACAUGCUCGUCCAUGACUUUGACGAUGAGCGUACAAUGGAGGAGGAAGAAAUGCUAGAGGCGACAGACGAGACCAAUGUCAAUGAGAUUGAAGACCUUGCACGGGAGGGUGAGAUGCCCAUACAUGAGCUACUGAGUCUUUAUGGGUAUGGGGGAAGAUCACCGGCAGAAGAAGAGGAGGAAGAAGAGGAAGAUGAAGAACCUGAGGAGGAAGAGGAUGAGGAAGAAGAUGAAGAGGAGGACCUUGAUAACGAUGAAAGCAGCAGAAGCACUGGCGAGCUGAAAAGAGCUGAGGGUGUUGAGGACUUUAAGUCCUCAUCGGGUCAGGGGAGUGACGUCCAGACCACUUCUGAAGUUCGCACGCGCUCAGUCAGGUCUCUCGGCACUGCAGAGCUCAUUCGCUCCCAGAAACUCAAGUACUUUGAAAGUAAUGAUGCUGAGGAGGAGUCUGAUGAAGAUGAGGACUACGUUCCAUCUGAAGACUGGAAAAAGGAAAUCAUGGUGGGUUCCAUGUACCAGGCAGAGACGCCUGCUGGUUUGUGUAAAUAUAAAAACAACGAGAAAGUUUAUGAAAAUGAUGACCAGUUGUUGUGGAACCCUGAACGUCUCUCUGAGGGAAAAGUGGUGGAGUUUUUAACAGAAGCAUCAAGGCGGACGGGAGAGGAGAAGGGGGUGGAUGCAAUCCCUGAGGGAUCCCAUAUCAAAGACAACGAACAGGCCUUGUAUGAACUGGUAAAAUGUGGCUUUGAUACUGAAGAAGCUCUGAGAAGGCUGAGAUUUAACGUCAAAGCAGCCAGAGAAGAGAUAUCCGUUUGGACAGAAGAAGAAUGUAGAAACUUUGAACAAGGACUUAAAGCAUAUGGAAAAGACUUUCAUUUAAUACAGGCCAACAAGGUGAGAACUAGGUCUGUAGGAGAAUGUGUGGCCUUUUAUUACAUGUGGAAGAAGUCUGAGCGUUAUGAUUUCUUUGCACAGCAAACCAGACUGGGAAAGCGGAAAUAUAACCUUCACCCCGGUGUCACAGACUACAUGGAUAGAUUACUGGAUGAAACGGAGAGUGCAACAUCCAGCAGGGCGGCGUCGCCUCCCCCCACCACUUCUAGCAGCAGUGCCAGCCACUCAGAGAAGGAGGACGGCAGCAGUCAGAACGGUGUUGCAAACCACCCUAUAGAUUCCUCUCAGUUGGUUCCGGUCAACCCGGUCAAACCCGAGGGAGUCCGGUUCAAUGGUCCCUCCCAUCCAGAGAGGGAAGCCCCUCCCCCAGGUCCAGACAACGACUCCAACGGCUGCAGCAAGCCCAGUGCUCCCAACCACGACAGAAACGGCUCAGUGGACCCUGUAGUAGAACACGCGGCAGAGGUCGCACUCGAAAGGCCGGCCAAGAAGUGCCGGACAGAGGCCGAGCCCUUGAGCCAAAGCGAAGUGGAACCAUCCAGAGCACACGAGAAAUGAGUUUAUCAGUUGACUGAGGAAAACCAGGAAGCAAAAACAUUUCGUCUUUUACCGGUGGAGCAAGACGGAGCGUCUGAGAACGAGCAGUUGGAAGAUCUUUGAGAGAAGUACACCGCUGACUAAACUGCAGCAGGACUUAAUGACCCCCCACAUGACUGACUGCCCGUCACUCCAAAACUACCAGAGAAAUCAUGUACUAAAAGACAUCUUCUAUCCAUCUUCUAUGUUCCAUUCUUUAGAGACUUAUAACGUUUUGCCAAGAAUUUUGCUUUUCUAUUUGUAAAAUAAAUCACCGGUGAUAUUUUUUUACACGAGAGAUAUUUAUAUUUUUUAACCAAAUAAAAUCUAAUAAUGGGUCUUUGUUCAAGCCAUCGUUUUAUUGUCAUGGAUUUAAUAAAGUUGGACAUGCUAUGAAGCAAGUGUGUGAGAUGCCAAAAAAACAAUGAAAUAAAAGAUGCAAAAUUGGCAAAAACCUUGAGCUGGUGGCUUCACCGGCAGGAUGUAGUUGCACUUUGACAGCAUGUUUCUCGUUUUUACUGAUGAAAACCAACCCCAGCAGACAUGCCUUCUCACUCUUCCCUUUUCUGUCACAGCUGCUUGUUGUUGAUAAUUAUGAAUAAACCGGGCAGUUGCGCCCCCUGCAGGUUUUUAGUGAAAAGCAGCUGACAUCUGUGAUGUCUUGUAUUAUAACUUGCCAUUUAGAUCUCUGUAUUUUUGGAACUUUCUUAGUGCUUUGCUCAACUUUUGUUUUUACUAGACAGAAUGUUUGUGAUUUUUGUAAACUUUGUACACAUCUUCAGCAGUUGGUACUUUUGUUUGUUUUUUCUUUUUUUUUUGCAGCUGUAUUCAUCUGUCUCUUAGUCUUCCGUAUCAACUGAGCUUUUUUUUUUUUCUUUUUUUGACUUUGCUUUUGUCUCAUUUAAGUUGGAUGUAAUAAAAAUUAGCCAUUCCUGUUA